UAGCAGCUGACCAAUCAGCAACUUUGCUAGUGUUACCUUCUUUAGGUAGCAGCCUCACCCAAAUUUGACUGGUAAGAUGUUUACUGGCAUGGAACCAGUUGUACAUCAUGGCAGGAGUUGGUAUUUUGAAAUCAAUAACAGCGCAUAGCAAGUGCGUAUUUAUUAAUUAUUUCGGCUGUCUCUCAGGUGGUAGAGCGGGUUGUCCACUAAUCGUAGGGUUGGAGGUUCGAUUCCCGGCCCACAUGACUCCACAUGCCGAAGUGUCCUUGGGCAAGACACUGAACCCCAAGUUGCUCCCGAUGGCAAGUUAGCGCCUUGCAUGGCAGCUCUGCUACCAUUGGUGUGUGUGUGUGUGUGUGUGUGUGUGAGGGAAUGGGUGAAUGACACACAGUGUAAAGCACUUUGGAUAAAAGCACUAUAUAAGUGUGCCAUUUACCAUUUACUUUCAAUCAUCUCUUUAGGAAAUUGUUGGUUUAGGUCCACUUUCAUUAAACAUGAAGGAAUUGUUUACUUCUGUUGAAAUCCUCACAUUGGUGGAACGGAACCUUGUGUACUUGCAUGCUUUGUUUCAUCACAUCACAUCCCCCCCCAGUCUCAACAAACCUGACAGCAGCUUCACAAACUAGCUAAAUAUGUUUUUCUUUUCAACUGUGGAAGAUUUCUCACCACCACCUUCAUCCACGACCUUCCACUUUAAGGACGAUAUCCAAGAUGAUGAGACGGGGCAUGUGUUUGGCAGAUAAAGUGGUAUUACUGACACUUACUGAUGGAUAUGUCAGUAAUAAAUCUGAGAUUCGGGUAUUGAACAGCCCGAGUUGUUUAAACACUACUUGUAAAACCACCAACUCCACUCUGUUCCAAAUGGAUUCAUGCCAACCAUUUACCAUCAGCUGGAAAAGGUAAUAGCCAAAUAUGCCCAGAAGCUAGUGAGUAGCUACUGCACAGUAAGACACGCCCCCAGCCACACCAUAUCCUCUAGGGUGCAUUUAAUUGGGCAAACACAAAACUAGUACACGAUGAGUUAUCAAAAUAUUUGUCAUUUUGAACUAUAAAAUUAAAACAAGAAUAUCUCUAAAACGUUGCAAUCCUACUGGUGUCAUUAAGGGAAAGGUUCAAAAAGCUCAGAGUUUUAAUUUCAGAACAGAUUUAAGAUGACAUUUGUCUCAGGGAAAUUAGAGGGCUGGUCCUUUAAGAGUUCUGAAACGCUCCGCCAAUCACAGCGCUCCGUCACACCCACGAGGGGGCGGAAAGCUUCUACCUGAUUGGUUGAUAUGUUGCUCCGCGGGAAGGACAGAAGGAGAAAGAAAUGUCCGCCGUCAGGGCGCUGUAGAGAAACAUGGACACUUCUGCAGGGGAACGUUACAUUCCAUUACUUUUGUGUCUUUGCGGAAGAAAAGAAUGAAAUAACAUGUCGGAUUACAGUUUGACUCGGGUGCUGGAGAUUCUGAGAGGUUUGUAUGGGCGCGUGCAGACGUUAGAAGAGUUCAGUGAUGGUGUGGAGUUCAGUGAUGGCCGGAAGCCGGUUCUGAUGGAGGAGUGUGACUCAGAACGCUUUAAAACGCUCAUCAGGGGGCUGAUAGUGUGUACGGAGUCUCCUCUAACACACACUCCCAGCUCGGCACAGCUGGGCACCCUGCCUGAGGUGCUAGCAUUUGUUCUGAACCGCAUGAAGAUGAAGAAGAAGAGAAACGUUCUGAGGUUCGGUUACCGCUCCAGCUCAGGUGGAGCUGACUCGGACCCUUUCAAGUUCCACGGAUCCAUUUCACAAAGCGCUGCAUUCAUCUGCGGCAAUGAAGCCUGGGCAAAAAUCAACCAACGGCUCGGCUCCGACCUCACCCAGUAUCUGCUAACUCGCUGUGCCAUGUUUACUACAGCGCCCCCUACCUGCCUGGUGCAGAUCUGCGGCGUUCCUGUGUAUGAUUUAGUGCCAGUACAUACCUGGUCUGGGUUCUUCCUCAACUCAAGUAACAAAGCUGGCAUGUUGAACAGGAACCAAAGGAUUGACAUUAAAAAACAGAAUGGGGUGAGGAAAGAGGCAAAAAACAGAAGGAGAAGACAGAUGAAUUCUAAAAAUGCCAAAAACACAGUAAAUGCUAAAAAGAGAAAGAGGGAAGAAGGAAAAGAAGAUGUGGAGGACAUCAGGGAAAGUCAUGAGGAACUUCCUGCAAAGCAAAGAUGUAUUGAGAUUGUGGGAAAGUCUUGUAUCAUUGAGAAUAUUUGUCCAGUCCAAUCAGAGUUAUCUCACAUCAGCCCCGCCCCCAAACAUGGCCUGUCUAGUUGGAAACCGAGUGAUCAACCCCCACAUCGCCCAUCUCACUGUUUCAUCAGUGUACUGAGCAUGCUCUAUGGCGGCCGUGGCAUGAAGGGCUUCCUGCUGAACAGGAAGUUGCAGGGACACAUGGGCAGAGCCAGAAAUAUCCAAGGGGCAGAUGUUGUUAGGAUGGUGUUUUGUCUCAAGGACAAGGCCCAACUGUCAGGGUCAAAUUCACAAAACCGAAAACUACCCAAGCGUUUUUUUGCCAUGGUGCCAAUCUUCACUUUGCUCUUGCGGCGUCACAGGAAGUGCGACUACAUUCACUUCCUGUCUCAAAAGUGUGCAACGAGCGAGGGCGAAGGGGACAUGGCAUCUCUUUUGCCUUCUCAUUGCUCAUCCUACAGAGUGUAUCUGUUCGUGAGGGAGUGUGUGCGCUUUGUUAUUCCAGAUGAACUCUGGGGUUCCCAGCACAACCUGCUGCAGUUCCUGUCCAGAGUAAAGCACUUCCUGCGACUGGGGAAGUUUGAAAAACUCUCAUUGACUCAGGUGAUGUGGAAGAUCAAAGUGAGUGAUUGCCAUUGGCUGGGGCAUAAAAAAGGUCACUGCCCAAGUGAGCAUCGCUACAGAGAGUGGAUUUUUGGACAGUUUUUGCUCUGGAUGCUUAAGGACUUUGUGAUAGGCCUUGUCAAAUCUUUAUUUUACGUCACAGAGAGCGUCGGCCAAAAACAUGCACUGAGAUUCUAUAGACGACACAUCUGGACCAGACUACAGGACCAGGCCUUCAGGGAGCAUCUCUCUAAAGGCCAAUGGGAAGAAUUGAGUCCUGCAGAGGUGGCAUCACUACCCAAGAACACUGUAACCUCCCGCAUUAGAUUUAUCCCAAAAACCAAUGGUAUGCGGCCAAUCACACGCUUAAUCGGUACGGGAGCAGCUAUGCAGUUCCAGAGUUCAGCACGUGAUCUUCAGAACAUAUUGAGUGUGUGCGUGCGAGAGCGGCCAACUCUGUUAGGCUCGACUGUCUGGGGACGACAGGACAUUCACAGAGUGCUGAGAUCCAUCACUCACUCACACACGCCGUGGUACUUUGUUAAGGUGGACAUCAGUGGGGCAUAUGAUAGUCUUCCCCACUGUAAGCUCUUAGAUGUGGUGCAAGAUGUUCUCAAGCCAUUGGAGGAGAACUGCUUCUCUCUGAGACAUUAUGCUAAAGUGUGUACCGACUCUGAACAGGAGAUCAGGAAACACUUCUGCACCAGGGCUGAAGCGGUUGAAUCGUUGAACAUGAAGGGUUUUGUAAUGGAGGAGCAGAACAAUGGAAAGCUCCACAAUGCCAUUCUAGUGGAGAUGCUCUCAGUGGAAGUUAAGGGCGCAGACGUGUUUCAGUUCUUCAAGCAGAUGCUGAGCAGCUGCAUCAUCCAGUACAACAAGAAAGUGUUCCGGCAGGUGUGUGGUAUUCCUCAGGGUUCUGCUGUCUCCACCAUGCUGUGUAAUUUGUGUUAUGGCCACAUGGAGAACUGUGUGCUGAAGAAAGCCACAGAGAAAGGAGGGUAUCUGAUGCGGUUGGUGGAUGAUUUCCUGCUGAUCACUCCAAGACUGAGUAAAGCAGUAGACUUCCUCAAGACGUUAAUGGCGGGUGUCCCUGAUUACGGCUGUGUGAUUAACCCUCAGAAGGUGGCGGUGAAUUUCCCGCUGAGGGAUGAGCUGGAGAGUGUGGAGAUGACAGAAUUCCCAGCACACUGCAUGUUCCCGUGGUGUGGGCUGCUGAUCGACACUCGUUCUCUCCAUGUCUACAACGAUUACUCCGGGUACGCCGGCCAAUCACUGCGCUACAGCCUGACGUUAGGCUCCGCCCACUCACCUGCCACGUUUAUGAGGAAGAAGCUGCUGAUGAUCCUGAGGCUGAAAUGUGACAGCAUUCUUCUGGACGUUCACUUAAACUCCAUUGAAGUGGUGUACAAAAACAUCUACAAGCUUCUCCUGCUGCAGGCCAUGAGGUUUCAUGUGUGUGUGAAGAGUUUGCCAUUAGGUCAGGGUGUGUGGACCAACCCGAGUUUUUUCCUGAAGAUGAUCUGGAGAAUGGUGAAGAUUACCAACAAGAGCAUCACACACAGCAAUUCAGGAGUGUGUGUGGACGAUGUACUGCAGUAUGAAGCAGUAGAGCUGUUGUGCUGUUUAGCGUUUGAUGUUGUCCUAACGCUCCAUCGCUCUUCAUACCGCGCUCUCCUCCCUCACAUCCACAAACGGAAGAGGUGUCUAAUGAGCGUGCUCCGUGGCGUCAGACUGGCGCGAGUUUUCCAGGCAGCAACUCCCAGAAUUCCUCCUGACUUCACCUCCAUCCGUGCCUAACCCAGCCUCACUCGGAGUAAUGACAUUUAAACCAUUAACUGGAUAUGUGUGUAGAUUUGAUUCUGCUGCUACCAACAUGAGUUCCAUCAUCAAUAAAGAUUAGUGAGAACGUUCCAGAAGCAGCCAUGCAAGCCCAAGCCAUGACACCACCUCCACCAUGUGUCACAGAUGAACUCAUAUGUUUGGACCCAAAUAUCUACAGCAAAAACAUAUGAAUUGUUGUUAUAAUAGUUUUGACAGGGACUGUAAUUAAGAUUUAGAGGAUAUUUAUAGAAUUGUAAAACCAUCGUUUGUUCAGGUGACCUCGCAUCGCAGGUGAGCAUUUUGAUAAAUAAAUGAGUAAUUUGUUUUUAUGAUGUUUUCUGCUUGUAUAAAUGUAGAGGCAGUGAUUCUGGGGGCGGGGCUAGCGGCAGAAGCUUUGAGAAGAUAAUUUAUUUCCCGCUCAGCAUGUAACUAGUGUAAAGCCUUCCACAGCCUUUCAACUCGGCGUGUCACGAUAUCACUGAAUCUGCUGCGAUUCAUUCUGAUUAGAUUUAAUAUCCUCCAGUCGACAAGUAAAGACUAUUUUAAACCAUAA